AUGUCUAUAUUUUAUUUAUUAUUUAUUACAAUACUUUUACUAAAUCUUCCCAGCCAUGCCAAAAAAACUAUUCCAGAUGUACUUUAUGAAGAUCAAAGAUUUAGUAAUCUAGUUAGAGCUUUACAACGAACCAUGCUUUUACCUUAUAUUAAUCAUUUAGAAACAGCAACUUUAUUCGCGCCUAUAAAUAAAGCUUUUGAAGAUGACCCUCUUAUUACCAAAGAACGUAUGUUGUAUCAUCUACUUUAUCAAGAAAUUAAAAAAGAAGAACUUCAAAAUGGACAAUUAUUAACUACUCAUUUGAAAAUGGGAGAAAAACUUGGGCCAGGUAAUCUUGGGCAAAAAAUUAGAGUUGAUAUUGAAGAAGCUAAUGAUACUCAAAUUUAUGUUGGUAAUGGUCAAGUCAUAGAUUUUGAUUUGCAAGCUGAUAAUGGAAUUAUUCAUGUAGUCACUGAAGUUUUCCGUACUCCUAGGGAUAUAUAUACAUCUUUAUCUUCUAUUGAUCAACUUCAAGUUUUUUCCAAUUUUCUUCGUGAUAGAGAGUUGGAUGAUUAUUUGUCAAAUGGAAAUCAUAUUACUAUAUUUGCACCUACAAACGAUGCUAUAAAUCGUCAAUUACAAUUUCAUGAAAGACAGUAUUUAAUUGGAGAAUGUGGUGGUGGUUUAGAUGAUUUGGAUCUAUUUGUUAAACAUCACUUAAAUUAUGAAGAAGUUUUUUACUCGGAAAAAUUUAGCGUUGGAAAUACAAAUGUGAGUACGGUACAGGGCGAACCAAUCAAAGUUGAGAAAGAUAAACAAGGUAACAUACGUGUUGCCGAUGGAACUGUCCCCUUAAAAGAUUUAUUGGCCGAAAAUGGAGUUAUUCAUGUCAUUAAUAAUAUCGCAAUACCAAAUGCGCUUCAUUUUACAAAACAUAAAUACCUUUGUGGAUUGAGAGCAACAAAAUUUGUAAGUGCAAUGAUAAAAUUCGGAUUACAACAUUAUAUUGAAGAUUCAGACACGCCAUAUACAAUAUUGGCACCAAGAGAUGAAUAUUUUGACGAGAAUUUAAUUAGCAUAGGGAAAGAUACUUUAAUAUAUCAUGUUUUGGAAGGGAAAUAUGUAACUUCAGAUUUAUUUAAUAAUAUGCAUAUCAAGACCGAAUUAAGAACCAAAGAUUUAAAAAAUCAUAGACAAAGAGCUUCUGUUUCCAUAUUACAAAGAUGGUAUGUAGAAGAUGAAACUCAGAGAACAGAACUUCGAUUCAAUGAUGCUAUCGUAGAAGAUCAACCAGUCGAAAUCGGAAAUGCAAUCAUUUACGUAUUAUCAGGAAAAUUGAACCCACCACCACCUAUUAUGAAAAUCCUUGGAAGUGAUGAACAAUUGAAAUCAAUUAAUUUCUUUGUUAAUCAUGAUAGUGAGCCGAUUAAAGUUAAUAAGGUCAAUGGUGAUAUAUUUAUUGAUGGUGCAAAUGGUACAACGGAAGUUAGUAAAAAAGAUGUAUUAACUUCAUCGGGAGUAUUACAUGUAGUUGAUAAAGUUUUGAUUCCACCAACAUUACAUAUAACAAUAGCUAAAUUACUUAAAGGAAUUAAUGCUCGUACAUUUUUAAAGAUCGUUAAUGCGGCAAAUUUAACCGAAUUAGUACAAGAUCCAAUAAACCCAUUUACGAUAUUUGUCCCAUCAGAAGAUGCAUUUAGGAAAAUUAAUGUGAGCAAAUUAAUUUCAGACGAAGAAUUAGCAGGUAGAUGGGCAAGAAUACAUAUAGUGCCAGCAACUAUUGACGAAAUAAAAGAUGGUUACGAAGCGCCUACUUUAUUAGCCGAUGAUGUCAAAUUAGUUAUAAAAAAAGAUUUAUUAGGUGGCGAUUAUAAUGUUGGGGUCAAAGGUCAAUGGGUAUCUGCGAAAUUAUUAAUUGGUGGUAAAGCUUGGAACGGAGGAGCUGUUUACGAAAUCGAUAAAGUUUUAUUGCCCGAUUUUAAUGGUGAAGCUAUUGGUAGAAUAUUUUUAGGCGUCAUUAUUGGUCUUUUAUUAUCAGGAUUUUUCGGUAUUGGAGGAUUUGGUUGUUUUCAUUUUUGGGAUAUAUGGAAAAGAAGUAGCUACGAAGAAAUCCCAUCUGCAUAA